GUAAAACAUUUCUUGUUGAUGAGCCGGACGACAUCUUUCAUUAGUAGGAAACGCUCGUUAGAGGAAGCAUGAAGUGUCUGGUCGUCUUUUUGGUAAUUUUUGUCGUCGGUGCGAGCUGCAAAACCGUUCCGCUGAGUCGCCAUGUGAGGAAUACGGGAGGAAGUGGCAGUGGUGCCUCGGCUGGUGCUCAAUCGACCAGUGCGGGUGGACAUGGCGGCCUAGGAGGUAACACCGGAAGUGGAGCAUCGGCUGGCGCGCAAUCGUUCGGAUUUGGCUUCUCCAACUUCCCACAAUUUGGUCAAAUGCCACAUGGAGGACAGCAGUUUGGAUUCAUGCCACAGUUUAAUCCCCAAGCAGGGUUCGGACCGUUUGGCCAGUUUCCUCAGUUUCCUGGGGGACAGUUUCCGGGUGGAUUCAGUGGAUCGGGAAGCAGUGCUUCGUCGGGAUCAUUUUCCCAAACCGGACACGGCGGUUCAAGCUCGGGCUCUCAAGCCGGUUCGCAGACGUUCUCGUCGGGCGGUGGUCACCAGGGUGCUUCGGGAUCGUCGGCCGGUUCGCAGUCUUUUUCGACGGGUGGUGGCCAUGGUGGUGCAAACGUCGGGUCGGGUUCGAGCGCCGGUGCCCAAUCCGGCUCCGGUCAGCAGGGUCAUUUAGGUGAAUCUGGUCACGGCACGGGAUCGAGCAGUGGAGCUCAGGCUGGAGCUCAAUCGACAAGUGCAGGCGGCGGAGGUCACGGCCAUGAUUCUGCUGGCGGCCAUGGGGGUCAUAAAACCGAAUUUCACCAACAAGGUGACGGAUUUGGCGUUAGGAUAAGCACCGAUGAGUCGGCCGAUGGCACCGUUAAAAAGACUGAGACUGGGGCUUGGGUUUGGCAAAACUGAGAUUCAACGAUGAAAUAUAAGAAAUGUUUAUUUCUCGGUAAACAUGA